UCCACAUUCACAAGAGACGUCGCAAUGGUGUUUGCAACGCACGUUGAGUUUGAACAAAAUAUUUCAUUUUAUAUUCAUUAUUUUAACCAAAAGUAAGAGUAAUGAAGGCUAGAAACUGAAUAAGUGACAAUUGUACGAGUUGUGCUCGUUCAAGUGAAGGCUGAGGGUUUGUGAUUUUACUCGGAGAAGAAGAUGAUAAUUGAAAGAUUCAAAUUGACCUGUGAUAGACUUGUAUCGUACCAGCAGCUGGCUUGUUGUUCGACUUACACUGGAAUCCCAGUGCGUGGCCAAGACAUUCUCAUUUACGCUAAUGUGGACGUCUGGCAGGAGGCCUUGCUGCUGACGGGCCAUCAUGGUGACAUCACCUCCAUGACUUUUGGAAAUAACUCACCUAUCCUUCUCUGCUCUGCAUCUGAUGAUUAUGUUAUCAUAUGGAAUGUGGAAGUUUGCCAGAAAACAGUGAGCCAAGGAAACAUUGCAGCUGGAACAAUCAUUGGAACCUUGCUCGGUCAAGUGGUCCAUCUUUCCUUCUGUUUAUCUGAUGACAAAGUGGCUGCAUGUGCUGGAGCAACUACAUAUAUUCUCAGCACAAAGAAAAAGCAAACAAUCUCAACACUGACUGGCCAUUUGGGGCCUGUGACAUCAGCAGAGUUUUGUCCGUGGAAUGAAGACAUUCUUGUCACAACAUCAGAGGACCGCACAUUCAAGGUAUGGGAUCUAAACACUGAAACACUUUUCUACCAAUCUUUUGUACUGUCAGCUUCUCCUCUGCUCAGUGCCCUCUUCAUAGAGGAAAAUGAGCAGAUAAUCAUGGGAUCCUCUGACGGACAGGUUUGGUGCUUUUCUCUCCACAUUGGCUUUUCUUGUCAGCUUGUGACUAAAAUAGACCUUCAUAAGAGUGAACAAAGACUUCAAGGAGGAGCAGCAGAAAAGUCACCUGAAGUGGAUAUUUCAAAACCUGUUCUAAAAAUGGCUUCCUUUGCCUCAUUUAAUGGUGACACUGAUGGAGAAAAAAGGGACAUGUGUUGGUUAUAUGUUGGAUGCACUGAUGGCCUUUAUGUGGUCAAUCUGGAUACAUCAGAGCUGGUUGCAGUUCUACAUUUCACAGACAACCCAGAUUUGAGUAUCGCAAUGGCUGGCUCUUGGGUCUUCUGUGGAAAGGGUAUGAAGUCUAUGCUGUUUUUAGUGAGUUCUUUGUUUACGCCAUGUGUGGGCCUUCUGGAGUUCUGUUUGGAUGAUGCAGAGAGAAUCCAGGCUGGAAGUCAAGGCUUUUCAAUAUUUCCAAGUUCCUCCCCACUGCUAGAGUCUCCUCUGAAUGCUGAGCUGAAAAAGGAAGUCAAUCAUUUAAAGAAAAAAGGUGGGAUAAAGGAACAGCCCCUAGUCUUCAACUCAAAGGUGAAAUCAUCUGGAUAUACAAGCUCCCCAAGAAAACUUCUAUUUUCACCCAUAAUAUCAGCCGAGAAAGGUCAGUCCUCUAGGAAAACCAAAAAGAAGGGCUUACUCCUUAAAGAUUACCCAGAGGACAUUGCACCACCUACUGUUCUUCGUGCCCAUCUAAGUAUUACAAACAAGCCGGUCUAUUGCAUUCAGUAUUCAGGUGAUGGAAAGCAAAUCCUGUGUGGUCUUGGUGACAACUCAGUGUUGUUGUACAAGUCUUCCCUUACAGGCAAUCCAGCUGUCUAUACAGGACAUGACAAGCCAGUGAACAGUGUGAGCUGGAGCCUCAACAGACAGUCCUGGUUAAGUGCCUCACAUGAUCAGACAUUACGACUUUGGUCUCAAGACAUCCCAGAGCCUGUUGUUAUCAUGGGUAAAAAUAUGUUCUCUAAACAUAUCAAAGCUGCCCAGUUUUAUUACCUGGACAAGUUUUUGCUUGUAGCAUCUGGAGACUCCCUGCAGUUGUAUUUGUAUCAUGUGGAUGCCACACAUGAUGACAUCAAGAGGUAUCAGCAGCGAAGUUUCGUCAAAUUGUCAAGUUGCUUUUCAACAACCUCAGGAACACAUAUUACAGAUUUGUCUGCUAUCAACGAUUUCUUCUCCUACAUUGUUCUGGCAUGUGCUUCCAAUCGUUCCAUUCAAGUUUUUGACAUGAACAUAGGUAAAGUUGCUGCAGAGCUGCCUGAUGCUCACAGUAAAGCCAUCCACUGCAUCACACAAAACAAGGGCUCAAUGUUCAGCACACAGGCACCAGACUUGUAUAACCUCUUCCUCACCAGUGCAGUCACGGAUGGCGUGAAGCUGUGGGACCUCCGCACACUUCGAUGCGUACGGCGUUACGAGAACCAUGUCAACCGCUGCCAUUCGUGCUCAUCUGCCAUUUCACCGUGUGGUCGAUUCGUAGCGUGUGGCUCAGAAGACAAAUGUGCUUAUGUGUAUGACGUAAGAAGCAGCAGCUACCUUCACAAGCUCCAGAGACACUCUGAAACUGUGCUCAGUUUGGCCUUUAACCCUGCAACUCCACAGCUGCUGACUGGAACUUUGGAUGGGAAGAUAAGCCUGUUUGAUCCCACCAGUGGGCUUUGUGUCUCGAGACAGUAACUCUGCUGCACAAAACAUCUCCGACCUGGCUGUGUUAUCAGGAGACACUUCAGCAAAAGCCAUAUAAGUCCAACUUGGCCAGUACUUAUUUAUGUAUCGAAUGAUGAUACAGUAUAUUUUCAUGUUUCAUUUAGUCUUUAAGUGGAAACAUGGAAUUCAUCCCAUAAUAUUGUGAUAUUUAAAAAAGGAGACUCUGAGACAAUUUAUUUAAAAAUGUGUGUUCACAUUAAAGUGACCUGCAUUCUUGUACAACUUCAAUUCGAAACCUUAAAUUGUGAAAACAUCUUUGAGAUGGGAAAUACAAAUAAACGCUGGAUAUGUUGUGGUUGCAAAAAUGUGCACAUUUUCACACAUGUCGGGUAAAUGCUUUAAUGCAUGGUAUUCAAACAAAAGUGUAACUUUAUGGCUAUAAUUUCAAAAGGUAUCCAAACACAUUACAUAAUGUUGGCUGUAUCAGACUUUGGGACAAUUAUUUUGGCUUUUACUAAAAGCAAAAACAAAAAAGCCUACUAGAACAUUUUAAACAGAUAAUCAGUCGAAAAGUGGAAAUGUGUUUCUCUGUAAACUUCAAACGUUUCAGUCCAUGAAUAACAAAAAAAAAAAAAAAAAGGUUUCCCACAAUUUUGAAUGCACAUUGACAGACAAGCACAUAAUUGUAGAGUGUACAAGGACAUCACCGUCUUCAUGAUGAUAAUACACACUGAGCAGGAAAACAGUACAUUAUUUUCAACUAAUUAAACUCACCUGGACGUUGCGAAAUUUAUGUUAAAAGUUUUUUAAAGGUUUUAAGACAACACUCACCAUGGUUAAUGCUAAAGCUAUGCUAACACAACAAGUAACAUUUAGUGUGUGAUGCUCACUCUGCAGACUUUUAAAGGCUAAACAACAUGUGAUAUUUAGCCAAAAUAAGAAAACAAAACUUACCAAGCAGCACCUGACACGUGUUUCACAAAAGGAGCCUGGAGUGGACACACACUUACCGGCUGGUGAGUAAUGUUAAGUAAAGUUAAGUGUACAAAUAUGAAGUGGUACUUUUUACUUUUACUUCACUACAUUUUACAGCAUGUAUCUACUCUUUUCUCCAUCACUGUUCAAAUUGUCACCUGCGUUAAACGUUUCUUUUUUUAAUUGGUUUUUCUCUCAAUGGUAAUUGAUAGUUUCGUUUUCAUGCCUUCAGCGCAAUCAAUAAGCCCCGUGUAGAUGUACCAUUAUUGAGCUCUAGAGGGAGCAACAUGAGUACAAGCAAGAUGAGGCAGGUCAACAAGAUACUGGCCAAUAAAAAACAACAGUGAGAGCAGCGCACCUUAAAAUGGGUGCUGCCAGUGCUUAAUUUGUAAAUCAUAAGGUGCCGGAACGCAAAGUAUAUAUGACAGCGCAGGGAUGACGAGAUGGACAAAGGUCCUGGAACAUAUGCAGAAAAUGGUGCUGAAAACAACAAAUUCCCACUUGCCAUGCUGUGGGACUUAAUCCUCAAUUUCAGAUAAUAUCAAUGGUAUAAAUGUUAUGACAGUACAGUCAGCAAUUAGUUUCUCAACAGGUCUACUGUAACUUCUAAGACCCGACUUUCCCAUAAGGGUACUGACCUGUUGCUCCGGCUGUUGGUGGUCCACCUGGCUGGCUGCUGGCGCUGUAGCUGGCCCCCACUCUGGGUGGCGCUGAACCUAACCAGCUGCUGCCACGGUAGCCACCUCUUGCCCCGGCUUGGCUGGCUGUCCGUGAACCUGGCUAGCUGCUGCGGCGCUAGCCUCAUGCUGUACCUGGUCCUGCCUGUUAGCAUGAUCGCUGCAGUGCCCUCUUCGCCGGUUGUAGCUUUUCUGACUCGUUGUCAUCCAUCUUCCUUCUUUUUGAAAAAAAAAAAAAAAAAAAAACGUAAAUGUAACUGUCUUUUUGGCAUGUUGAAAUACCGUUUGUUCCUGGCUGCUUGCUCCCCAGAUGCCGCAAAUUUCCAGUUUUUUGUUUUUGUUUCUUUUUUUUUUUAAUGUCAGGGGCAUGAUUUGUUGGUCCAGCUUUUUAGUGCAUCAACUAAUCUCUGACUCUUUCAAAUGACGUUAAAUUUUGAUAAAAAACAUUGAUACCAGCAUCCCCACAGGGCCGCUGUCCCAUUAAUGUGACCGGCAUUGCCAAUUUGUCGUAGAAGAAAAAGUGGCCGAGUGUAAGGGUGGGGCGAAAAGGAGAGUUGCACUGGAGCCCGUGUUGACUGGCUGAUUGUCCCUCGCAGGUUUUUGUUUGGUUAAUAAACGUCUCCAUGCAACAGCUAUCUGAGGCGUCGCUGUGUUUUUAUACACCACACCACCUCCCCGAAGAAAGAAUCGGACAUAGUAGCGACGACGAACGAGCCACGGAAAUCGCCGGUCCACAUAUUAAUAUUAUUUUCUAUACACAAGAGGUGCCGGAUCUGCCCAAAUAAGUCCCGGAACACAGGAAAGCCAAAACAAGAUUCGGCACAAAUUAACCCCUGGGUGCGGCACACUCUUGUAAAGUAGAUGGGGGAUGCACCUAAUAGCAGCUUGCAAUCCACCAUGAAAAUAAAUUUAGGAAUUUGAACUUGUUAAGCUUCUGUUUACAGUGCAGUCAAUUUUAUUACUUUUUUCCCCAUUCUGCACGGUUAUAAGAUAUAUUUAUAUUUCAAGUAUAAUAAAUCACAUUUUUGCAUUUGGAGGAAAUACUUUUGCUUUUCCCUUGUAAAAUAAAUCUUAAACUUUUGUACUUUUACUUAAGUAUUUUUUUUGCCCCUGUAUCUGUACUUUUACGUAGGUAAAAAAACAAAACAAAACAAAAAAAACCUUAUCCACUACUGUUAUUUUCAAUUAAUUGUACCCACCUAGACACCCUUAAGUGUAUGUAAAUAAAAAGUUGACUGGGGGUUUAAGAUAACGCUCGUCACUCUGAAUGCUAAUGCUAACAAGAACGUGAAUGCUAUGCUAACCCCACCUAGCCUAUCAUCAUUGUGUUUGCAACAGCGUCACCACCCACUACUCUCCUUCCCCUCCCCCUCUGCUCUAUCCAGGGCAGGCAGGCGGGCGAAUGUGUGACAAAAUCAGACAACUCGUGUUUCAUUCAACCAAAUUGUUGUAACGCGCCCCUUCACAUCUUCAGUCCGGUAACGGCAUUGCAAAGAUGGGAAAAUUACUUAAUUAGAAAAAAAUAGCACCAUUAGAAAUGCCGUUAUACUCUAACGCCGUUAUUUACAACACUGGUCUCUUUUACGUUAUAAAUGGUUGUCAAAAAUAAUCACCAAAAUUCCCCCAAUUUGUAUUUUUCUAAAUCCCCAACUUGAUUGACUUUUUGAGGUUCUCACCAGUCUCAUUUAGUUGUAAUGUCUUGAUAUAAUAUUUCCUCAAUUAGACAUAAUUAUAGUUACAUUAGCCAAAAACAAUCCCAUCAAGUUGCUCCCAUCCGUUUAGCCACAUUGAGCAUUUGGACAGGUCAAGGAUCAAAUUGAUGGAGAACAGAUGUAGUGGCGCAUGGCUGGCUGUGAUCAGCACUUAGCACACAAGGCCCAUGACGUCAACUGGGUGCAACCUGUGAAGCUGCCAGGCCCACAGAUGCUGCUGCUGCUACUACUGCUUGUCACUCUGGCCUCUAACUUUUUUCUCUCUGGCCAAACUAAAAUGUCACACCUGCUGCAUCGGUUCAAAUUUUUGGAGGUUUAAUGUGCUGCAUUGCUGCUAUUGUUUCUGAUUGACAUAAAUAAAAUGCUGGCUGAUCGUGAUAUAUUCUUCCCCUCAAACACUGCACAGUGUUUUCAGUGCCUUGCAGCCCUAACACUAAACAAAAUUCAUCCUACUACAGAUGUUUUUAUCAACUUGUCGAAAUUAUUGAAGUCCCCAUCAAGCCUUUGGGACCAGACACAUGCAAAAUACAUUUUAGGAGCUCAAACCAAAACAGUAGGUCUAUUUAGUGACUCAACAGUCAUCAUGUUUAA